GUGACGUAUGGCGCACACUUUCAAAACAACAAUGGCGGAUAGAAGAUAUUGAUCGAGGCGGCGGCUAUGCUCCUUUCGCUGGUUGCCAACCACCAUUAAAUAACAAGAAGAAUAUUGAUCUGCUUUUCUUAGUUUUGCACGUUUAAGAGGCAAUUCAAACUCAAACAAAGCUGCAAAGCAGGAGAAAAACAUGGCCAUCAACUAUUCUGUGCCACAGAUCCAGUUCGCUGCAGCACAGAGUGAUGAUAAGAUGGUGGAAGAACAACAGAGACAAUUUACGGACUGUUAACAUGUGCAACUUAGAAGUAGUCAGAGGUAACUGGAUGGAGUUCAAUCAGGUUAAAUGCACGGUUGAUUGGAUUAUGUCUGAAGAUCGUAUGCUAUUCGUGACAACUCUGCUAGACUCCAAAUUGCUCGUCCAUGAGGGAGUAUCUCAAAAGUAAAUGAAACAACUAAACUUAACACUUUUUCCCUAAAACGGACUGACAUGGGAAACAUUAAAGUUGGACUGACACCAGCUAAUCAAUCUGAAGGAAUCACAGAACAAGAAGGGAGACCACUGAGGAGAAGUUCUAUGAGUUCACGGGUGACCUCAGCUGUCAAGUUCCUGGAUGUGGGUAUGCUGCACAAAACUUUACAACUCUGUGCCCAUCUCAGAUUUCACAUCAAAGACGGGAAAAAAGUAUUAUGUCCAUUUGAAGAUUGCUCUAAAUACUUCAGUGUCCGAACAUCAUUUUCCAGCCGUAUUUCUCGAAAACAUAAGUAGACAGUUCAGCAGUCAAGGCAACAAGAAAUUGGGGAAUUUGCCAUAAUACAAGGACAGGACACAGUUAAUCUAUUAGAAGACAGUUGGCUUUGUGUAAUGCAGGCUAAAAUGCUCUUACCAACCAGCACUAUACAGAGCAUCAUAGAGGAAUUUCAGGAUCUUCGCAGCUGUGCAAUGCACAAUGUUCUUGCAAUACUGUCUGACAAACUCUUCAUUUAAUAUUCUACAAGCAGAAGUGGACAAAAUCAAUCAAGAACUUUUUUCAUAGAGGACUAUAUAUAUCUGAGACACAGUAGGUUUCCUGACAAAGCUUUAAAAGCAAAACAUCACUAUUUGUUACAUUAUGCAGAGCUUAUCCUUCACUUUGGACCACUCAUUCGUUUGUGCACCCUUAGGUUUGAGAGCAAGCACUCGUAUUUCAAAGCAUGUACAAGUUCAGUCUUGCAUAACUUUGUCAACUUAUGCAAGACUGAACGGCAUCAGUUACUGCAGUCCUACCUCUCAGUGGGCCAAAUGUUUCCACCUAUAGUUCAAAUGAUUGGAGAAACAAGUGAUUAGAAUCCUCAUCUUUACAACGCUCUCAUUCAAGAAGCUGUGGAUGUGUCAGCAGUUGUCUACAAAGGUACCAAGUAUGUCAAAGGCUAUGUUUCCAUUGUAGAUGACACUGAUGAUGGCUUGGUUUUUGGGAAGAUAGCUGUUAUACUUGUUAACGAUUCUGAAUUGUACUUUGUGCUCGAGUUGCAUCACUCAGUACUUCUCAUUGACCUUGGACUUCACUGCUUGCGUUGCCCUACAAAAAGAAGAGUGUGUGUAAAUGCUGACAGUCUGAUGGAUUAUUACCCACCACCACUUUAUAACAUGGCAGGCCUCUUUGUUGUCUCCCUACACCAUUCAGUUUCCUCUUAAUUCUCUUUCAGGAUGGAAAUUGAAGAGGAACUUACAAGCCUCCUGCCAACACUAGACAGAGAGAAAAUAAUCUGCAUUGCAGAACAUCUGACGGACGUUAUUGGUGUACAACAAAAAAGUGAUCUUUUGUUUGUGGAAGAUCUCAAACCCUUUCUCACACCAAUUCAAAUACGUAAACUACUUCUUGCAUUUAAAGGUUUGUGUAGGUUCUGUACAAAUCAUAGACUUGAGUCUAUGAUUUGAAGGUCACUCAUAGACUCAUAUGUCACUGAUUAGCUUGAUUAGCUUUUUUUUCUCUUCACCAUACUACACAUGUACUUUGACAGUAUAAUAUUGAAGAGCGUUUUGGGGCUCACAUUGUCUGGUAUAUACUUAACACGGAAAACAUAAACAAAAGUAGACACUAAAUCUAACACCAUUAACCUUUCAUUGGUAGUGGUACAACUAAGGGUUUGAAAUUGUGACAAACUGUAAAAUAUAUUGACUCAAGGUUUUUUCAAUGCAAGACCUUGAGUUUGUAGUUCUUUUGCAGUCCUGGGAUUGCUUCUUUUCAUCUUCAGACAAGGUCCCCAAAAACUGCCUUGGCGUUACUACUCAGUCCUAAUUGAAGGGUUCAUAUUUUAGUGAGGACAUAUUUGUUGACAUAGUAGAUUUUUAAGGUAGCUUUUCCAAUGAUCUUUAUUUAUUUAUUUAUGUGUUUAGAUGGCAAUAGACCAGAGAACCUGAAUGACACCAUUACUCUGGAGCUUUGCCCUGCUGCAUCAGCUGAAACAUCAAGCCAUCCACGUCCACCCCUCCUCCUCCACGUCCACCACUAUGUACAACCAUUACUCCAGCUCUUGGGUCUCACACUUACAGAUUCCUUGGGAAAGAUUUCCACUCCGAUUGUCGCAUGCAAUCACAAGAGGGGACAGAGCUCAUCCAGAGGACAGGAGAAGUAUGGUUAGAAUUGUUGUGGAGGCCAUGCAAGUUCACUACAGGAACCCUAAACGUGCAUCUUGUGAAGAAGUUGCUAAAAUCAUUGUAAACAGAUACCCUCAAACAUUUGCAGAUUUUACUGAAAAGGGAGAAAGACUGGGUUGUGGACAUUAUUCACUACUGAGAAGCAUCAAAUCUAGAGUUGAACAUGUUAAUCGAGAUAAUACAACACAUAGAUUUCGUCAAACAAAGAGAACCAGGAAUGAGGAAGACUGCAGUCCCAACAGUAAUGCAACCUCACCUAAAAAAGUUAGAUGCCUUGUUGAUAGCUAUGGUUGUGUAAAUUGGCAACCAGUUGAACUUCCUGAGGGGGGAACACCAGCUUCUUUAGAGGAAAAGAAAGACACCCUGUUAACAAUUUUUAAUUCAGAAGGACCUGGAGCUGUGGAGAGACCUGAUGUGGAUGACUUCAUGUGCCUCACAUAUAUUUCUCAGCGGCAGCUUAUCAACAGUUGUCCCUCACUUUCAGUAGCUGAAAUUCAGGAGCAGUGGCCAUUCUUGUUUACUCGGAAAGGUCUUUCGAACCACUUUUACAAACUCACAGGCAUCGAUAUCAGUGAGCGCUUAGGUCAGGCCCUCAUAACCAAAGGCAGAAGGAUUAUUAACUAUUUCUCCAGCCAGAAGCUCAAAUGGAACCUUGGUAUAAGGACACUCAUCCAGCAGAUAGAAAGUGAGGGAGUUUUGACCAACAACAAGGUUGGCACAGCAGCCAUACUUCUCAUGAUGAAGUAUUACAAGGAAGAUGAAGACUCCCUCUUUGUCUUAGCAGAUGUAAGCUUCUUUAAUACAGCUCUAGGUUUAAUGCUGUUGCUUGCUGUCCUGUUUUUGUUUUGUUUUUUGUUACAUAAAAUGUCUUGGUCCUUUUUCUGGCAGGAAACAUCUGCCAGGAUGUCCCUUGAAGCAGAGAGCAACCUGCCAAUCACUCCAAGGCUGAUUAUGCUUGACGGUCCAUGGCCCAUGCUUUCUGGACAUUUACACAAGACGAACAACAAUGAAGACAAGCUCUCUCGCCAUCUUGCAAGAAGCUGUCUCUGUCCAAUAGGUUUUUUGAGUGCAACAGUUUUGAUUUUUUUUCCCUUCUUUUACCCGUUUGUUAAAAAUUAUUUCAGCUACUUACACUUUAGUUGUCACAUGUAUUGGCUCACCCUACAAAUCAAUGAACUCAGUCCACAAAGCAAGGUCAGGGUUCAGUGCAGGUCAGUCAAGUUCCUUCAGACCACACAUGCUCAUCCAUGUCCUUGUGGACCCUGCUUUGUGCAUUUAUUUGGUGGUGUGAGCCAGUAUUUUGGAUAAAGUGUAUAUACAGGCAGAAGUUUGGGGCUUGAUAUUAUAUUCAUUACAAUUCAGUUUAUUUGUAUGGUGCCAACAAAAUGAAUGCAAGGCACUUCACAUUGUAGGUUUAAGACCCUACAAAAUAUAACUAAGAAAACCCAACACUUGAGCAUAUGUCGUCUGCCAUGAUAUGGAUAUGACAUAAUAUCGUUAUUGUUUGUACAACCAUCUGAGAAAAUAAUGGAUUACAUGGUUUAGUAAAAACAAGUGCUUCCUCAGUGAAUAUGUCUGUGAAGGUUCUCAGUCAUCCAGGUCAUCGUAGUCAAAGGAGUUUGCAAAGAAAAGCGUCUGGAC